GAGCCCUUCGGUCUAUCGCCGAGAUGAUAGAUACAAUAUUUCGCGCAGGGCGAAGCAACGGCAAAAAUCAUAAACAUAACAGUAAAGAUAGUGGAUAGCCGGGCGUGAAAGCGGACUUAUGACGUGUUAUCACGGGCUAGGCCGAUAAGCCCUAGGGGAGAGCACAACUGCGCAGCAGCAGCGCCAAAAACAACAACAACCAGAAUCAAAGGAGUGUGUAAUCAGUAAUCAGAGUGUCGCUUGUUUUGAUUGCCUCGGAAACGAAACAAAACGAAAUGAAACUCCGCUCCGGAUAAAGCUGACCAAUUCAAUCAACUUGUUGCGGAUCCGUAGCGUCGCCCAGUAUUGAUUUAGCACACAUAGCUUACAGUUGUGAUUCCGAUUUCGAUUCCCAGCCAACCAGCUGUCUUUGGUUUCGCCUGUGCCUGGUGUCUCUGCUCUACCCAUAUAUUCUAUAUGCGACGCUUCUCCAAAAAAAAACCGAUACAGUACGAUACUAUACCAUAUUUGUGUUCGUUUUUCAUUCGUAGAGCGUAGAAGAGGCGGCGAAGGUAGUAGUAGUAGAGGAGGAGGAGGAGUAGGAGGUGGACACCAUACCAAAGCGGAAUUGACGCAAUUGAGAACUAUUUUUAAUGGUCAGCGGGUCGAAAAUGUAUGAAACUCAUCAAAUAUUCAGAAGACAAGCAGCCAAUAAGGCGAAGAGGCAGUGAAUCGGAAGUCCGGAAACGGGAGUCAAUUGACCGAUGGAAUCAGAGGAGUACACAGUGGGCGCGAUGGAGACUCGUCGUUUGCCUCUGUUUCCCAUUGAACCGGAGCCAUCCGUAACGACUACGCAGCGCUUAACGCUUCUGGCUACCAGACUACUACGUGUUUUGCAAUUAAACUGGAGGAUUAUUGUCUCGGGCAUCACACUUACACUGUUGGCCGUCAUCUGGUAUUAUCCCACCUUCUUUCUGUUCUUCGCCUUCGUAGUCUAUUCUCUAGUCUUGGUCUUUGCGGCUGUGGCCGGCACUGUCUAUAUCCAUUAUAUAUUCACCACCAACGAUCCGACGCCACCAAGUCGCGUGCCCUCGCGACUGCUCUACAAUGCCACCAAAAGCAACAUCUUUGAUCUGCCCAAACCCAUCAAGAAUCCAUCGAAUCUACCCUUGAUAUUUGGAAAAACAGUCGAUCUGCAACUUCAGCAGAUCAUUGAGUAUGUGCUUCGAGAUUUUAUGCUGCCCUGGUUAGGCUACGUAGUCACCAAGCCCAAAUUAAUCAACGAUGUGGUGCGCGAGGAUUUGUGGAAUGCUAUACAGAAGAUCCAUGAACGGGCCACCAGAAUGGACGCCGCAAAGAUCAUAGCUGUGGACAUGGUCAACCGGGUGACUGUACAUCUGGAGAAGAUCCGCAUUGCGGAAGCCAGAGCAGCUGAAACCAACACUCCGCCCGUUUUUAGUACCAACUCGUACCUCGCUGAUGAGGAGAAAGAGAUGGAGUUCCUGCGCAAGCUAUGCGAGAUUAUGGUGAUCCUAUUGCUGCCCCGCGGCUACUCCCUACCCCCAUUGAAGGUUCUACUCAGCGAAAUUCUCUCUUACAAAAUAUUUUUUCCGAUGAUCAAAAUGCUAACAGCACCAGAUUACAUCAACCAGAAGGUAGUGCAGAACAUAGAGACUCGUUUGGCGGCGGCAGCGAUGAGCAAACGGAGCUACGAGUAUGCGGCAAGUUUUGAGGAUUUUCUCAAGAUUAUUAACAACUCGGGCAACCUCGAGGAGCUCUCGCUCAUACGCAAGAGCAUUGUCAACGACCUCAUGCAUGCCACCACCAUGCAGAACUUACAGCGUGCCAAAGGCCUCGAUCCGGAUCACGAGGACCAUUCACUCUCCAAAUCGGAACUGACGGCUGCCGUCAGGCUGAAGCGAUACGUUCGGCAGCUCACGAUGGCUAAGGGCGAGUGCGAGAAGAACCUGGCCAAGUUCGGCUGGAAUGGCAAUUAUUCCAGCGAUAUUGACCUAACGCUUGUUGAGAUCCUGAACACUGCGGUUGGUCGGCGCUACUUCACCCUGUUCCUGGAGCCACUUAAAGCGAGCGCAUUGAUUGGCUUCUAUCUGGCCGUAGAAGAGAUAAAGCACGCGCACAAGUCGGCCAGUCAUCAGCUAGGUACCGAAAUCUUUUACACUUAUAUCCGGGUGCCCAAGUCAGAAAUCCAGAUCGACAAGCACGAGCGCAAGUUGAUAGAGACGUUUUUGCUAGGGGAUGCCGAACCAGAUAUUUUCUACGACAUCCAGCGCAACAUACUGCGGACGUUGGAGGAAAAGUAUUAUCCGCCAUUCGUGCUGAGCGAUCAGUAUCGUCAGCUUAAAGAGGCACUGGAUUCAAAUGAAAUCGCAGAUCCUACUCUACUAAUAUGCCACAACAUUGGUGAUACCGCGGAGCCUCUGACAGAUGAGCAACCGGGAGUAUCGGAUGGAUUAAAUGGCGGAGCCGGUGGAGCCAUCGAUGUAGCCGCCCAUACGUCGUAUGCACGACGAAAAUUGGAGCAAAUACAGGAACGCAUUGACAAAAAGAACCAGGCGCUGGACGCCCUAAAGUACUCGGUGAAACCAGAGUCCAAGGUGCUAUCUAUUCUCGAAAAGGAGAUGGAGUGGCUGAAGAGCGAGAAGCGUCAGACGGAAGCGCAUUUGCGACGCACUGACGCCUGGACUGAGCACUUGGGCAAGUGGAAGGCCACUAUCCAGAGCGUAGAGGUAUCCGAUGAGAAGGAAUCGUUGCAGUUUAUGAUCCUUGUUCAUGUGGAUGAAGAUAUUAAUGCCCCAGUUCAACCGACAUUAUCCAAAAAUGGCGACAGCGGCCAUGCUAAUUUACGAAAACGACCCUCAGGCAUCUCCAGUGGCUGGGUUGUGAUGCGCUCCCUUAAUCAAGUGCACGAGCUGCAGCGAAAGCUGAGGCACGUCAGCUCAAAUCUGAAAGCCAUCGACCUGCCUACGAAUUUCAAGUUCUUCUUUCUGAAAACAGAUCGACAUGGACAGGAAAAGGCCAAGGCACAAAUUCAAAAGUUCUUGAACUUCAUCCUGGAGGAUGACCAUCUGAAUGGCAGCGAGGCGAUCUACACAUUUCUUAGCCCCAGCUCGGAUCACCUGAAGCAAUCGCUACCCUCGCCAAAAAAGUCUAAGUUCUCGUUGGCUACACUAUUUCGCAGCGAUGCUGGAAAGGCUCACGAGGCCAACAAAGCUACCGAUCCUUUUUGGGGGCUUCAGCGCGACGACGAAGACAUAUCCACUUAUCUAGAUGGUGAGUCCGGCGUUGAGGCUAAAAUGCUAGCUUCGGAUUUGGACAGCAAGGAUUCAAUAGCAGAACCGAUGUACGCCUUGAUGGGCGAGAUCUUCGAUAUGGGCGGGGUCUUUAAGUGGCUGCGUAAGAGCCUCAUCUCUUUUGUGCAGAUCACAUACGGUCGAACGAUUAACCGACAGAUCCGGGAAUCGGUAGCCUAUCUUUUUGAGGAGUCUAUGCUGCACAACUACUUUUCGGCCAUCCUCAAGUCUUUUUGGCCGGGUGGCGUCUUGGCCUCGGCAUAUCCGACGCGAUCGGACGAUAUGCGCGAGAUGACUACAACGGCUGCUAAGGCACUGCUAACCGACCACAUCCCAGAGGUGCUGUGCAACCUGGUCGGCGCACAAGCAGCCAAACGAGGUGUCCUAAAGGUGUUCGAGGCCCUGCAGAAUCCCGCCUACAACAAGCAGUUAUUCUACGAACUGCUCGAGAUACUCAUGAUUGAGUUCUUUCCCGAAAUUCGCCAACUUCGGGUCAACAAUAUAAAUGGAACCAAAUUAAAUACGGCCACAGCUGGAGCGGCCGCUGCCUCCGCUGCAGCUGCAUUGGUGGCGGCCACAGCUUCCGCUAACCUCUCCUCUUUAAAUCACAGCGGAGGAAGUUCAUCUGCGGUGGGGCACCAGAACCAUCAGGGGUCGUCAACGACGAGUGGAUCCUCAGUAGGAGGAAGUGGCUCCAUCGGUGGUAGUGUAGCGCUGCACCAUCAAUCCCACUACCAUCAUGCAUCCCACCACCACCAACAGCAGCAGCACCACCACUCACAGACGGGCAGCUCCAAGUAGGGACAAGGUCCCACUUUUACUCUAAUUUAACUUAAACUUUUUUUAAAUUAUGUUUUUCCUUUGAUUUUAUGUUUGAUGUUUAGUGCUUUCUCUUUCUCAGCGGUGUAUAUUCAUAAAUUGGCCGGAGAAAGGAAUUACAAAGAAUAGUUAUGUAGAAAAGAACACAACUCAGUAGUUAUCAGUAUCAUUCCCUGUACAAAUGCAGAUUUCAGUCCUUGUUGAUUCGUUUGUCCAACACUUCCUGUAGCCAGAUUUGUUUGUUAUGUGUAUAUGUCUGUACAUAGGUCAGUAUUAAGCGUUGUACCAAAUUGUUGUUUAUAUACUCGUAUAGUGAAAUAUGACACUCAGCUUGUAUUGAUUAUAUUAUUGUUUAUUGAUCCCAAAGUUGACAGACAGGAGAUAUUAAAUCGAGGCGUAUUAAAGGUGCGUCCCAUGGCCAUAAGGCACGUGAAGAGGUCACAACUUUCGUAACUUUUGCAGAUUUUCUAAAUCAUCUAAACUUUUUUUGGGGUUUAACGAGGUUUAAUCAUAUUUUUAUCAUCUGGUGAUUCCUUAAUAGCAGGAUUUUAUUUGUAUGUUUUUAGUUCUUUAAUGAUUUCGAAUUUGUAUUUAAUUAAUUAUUUGUUAAACACUAGUAUUCUUUAAUUAAAACUCUUUUUUGUAAUUUUCCCAACUGACCAAAAAUACUAUUUUAAAUUUUAAUAGACAUAAUUGUUAAGAGCUUUGGUGUUAAAUAACCUUUAUAACUAAGCGUUGGUUAAAGCUGUCUCAAAUACAGUGCGUUUGAUAACAAUAAAACAGUUGUAAGUCAGGACUUCAAAGAAGCGUUAAUCCUAAAGCAUUUUGGGUAAUCCAAUUGCAUUUUGAUACCAAGAUUAAAUACACGGAUUUAAAUUAGUUGAUUAAAUGAUGGCCGAAAACUGUUUUAUGGACCUAAUACGCCCCUAUAGCCAAACACCACCCAACCAGCCCACUCUAGCACUGGGCAAAAUUGCACUACGACGAUUCAUCCCAGUGAGCCAAACGUAUCCCACUUAAGACCCCACAUCCAGGCAGAGUUUCUAGGCGCUUUCAAUCUAUUUAUGUAUUGCAGUUGUACACUUUUAUGUGAAAAUGCGAAAUAAAGAUCGCUAUUUAUGUA